GCCUGACUAACCUUGGAGCCACUUGUUAUGUCAACACAUUUCUUCAAGUGUGGUUUCUCAACUUGGAGCUUCGGCAGGCGCUAUACUUAUGUCCAAGUACUUGUAGUGACUACAUGAUGGGGGAUGGCAUCCAAGAAGAAAAAGGUUAGUGGAGAUGGGUGGGGUGAGGAUUCACUUCUCAGUAUAUUGCCAGCUAGAUCACUUCUGAACUCACCAAAUAGGAGGAAACUACCUGUUGAGUACUUACUAUGUGCCAGGCAUGGUGCUAAGUCCUUUAUAAAUAUAGUCAUUAUUCAAGAUAGUUUUCCUUGUAUAUUUAUCAUUUAUGCGCCAAAAUGGCUAAUAUUCAAAUGAGGGAAGCACAUUUGAUUAUUUUUAUAUGGUUUGCAGCUAUGAUUUCUGUAAACAGUAAGUUUGAUUAGGAUCGAUUUAUUUCUAGUGAUCGAUAAAGGUCGGUCAAUAAGGCAUAAAAGGUUACUUUUUUGCUUGAUUUGAGAGACUUCAUAAAUACUUCAGUGUAACCCAGUCUUUUGGCCUUAUUCCCAAAUAGGCUACUAAAAUUAAGGUUUAAUUUACUAAUGUUGACUACAUCAGCCACUAAUAUGCUAGCUACUACACUCAUUGAAAAUUUAGACAGAAUCAGUUUGUGAAAUUGUUUCUAAUGGAAUUAAAUAGUUUGUUUCAGCACAGUUUGUGGAUUGUUAUUGCUGAAUGAUACUACCUUGUAUUUAGAAAGUUCCUCUUUGUGAUGGAGCUUUCUUAGAAUGAACCAGAUCUUUCUCCCUUCUUCUCAAAGCUGAGAGGGAGAUAGAAAGAAUGGGUGUCUUAAGAUUAUAUAGGUCUGGGAGUGCCAAACCUGCAACUUUUGACUGCAGCUCCCACCUGUAAACUUUGUGCUGUCUUUUUUAUAUGAUCUGAUACGGACCUGUGGCUCAUGUCUUUGGCUCCAGGAGAGAAAAAACUCUUAAGCUCCAUAAUUUUUAGCAUUGUUUUGCUAAAGUAUAAAUUUAUUAAUGAGAAGACAGCAAAAUAACAAGUAAAAACUAAAUUUCUACUUUAUAAAAUUAUGUACUGUGGCCUUAUUUGGGUAUUGUAGCUUUAAUGUGUAUCUAAGCAAUAUUUGUUUGUUUCCUAAACAUACGGAUUUUUAUAUUUAACCACAGUCUUUACCAUAUUCUCUGACAAGAGUGCACACUUCUUUUUUGUUUUCUCUUGACUUCUUCCCCCCUUCCCCCCUUGGAGUCUUUCUUUAAACAGAUUCGAGUAUACUUCUGAUGCUAAUUGUAUUAGGUGCAGUGCAGUAUAGUGGAGAGGGUUGUAGGAUCUGAGUUCUACUUGUAGCUCAGUCACUCACUAUUUUACACAUAGGAAAACCAGCAGAGUACAAGUUAUUUAAGAUCUUACUAUAACGUAUUCUAAAAAUGAGAGAGCUGGAAUAGAUGCAGACUUACUUGAGUAGCUUUUAACAGCCUACAAAGCCCCUGUACCCCAGGAAGUAAGAUUUUACCUUUAUUUUACAAAUGAAAUACUGAUUUGCUCAGAGUCACGAUUGGUAGUAAGAGGUUAUUUCAUUCAGGAUCCAGUCAGGAGGCAGUAACUACAGUCAUUUGAAGAGGGAUAAUUUAAUAUAAAGAAUUAUUAACAAGAAAUUAGAGUAAUGAGGAAUUAGAAAGAGGACUCUGAUGAAUACAGGAAUAGCAGAUGUAGGAAGUGGCCUCCACAGCUGAGAGAGAGACCACUCAAGGAAGAGACCUGCACCUCCAGUGCCAGCCCUGAGAUUCAGACCUUUCUGGAGAGAACACUGCCAUGGCUCAAUGGAUGGCCGAAAAGGCACCGAGAUGCCUCACUAAGUGGGACUUGCUGGAAACUGUCCACAGGAGAUACCAAGACUCAGGGACAGACCUCCUGCAAAGUCACCUGAUAGUGUGCCAGGGAGGUCAUUCACUAGGAGGUGCCUCAAGACAUGCUCUACACUGUGAAGCUGCAAGAGGAAGUGCUGGGGAAACUGCUGGAACCUGGAGCGCUGGAGAAAGCUGCACCCUGCAGGAUGGCAAGAGAGAGACAACUGAACCUGCAAGAGAAAACCCUUCCUUCUUCCAGUGUCCCUCCAGUGCUUUCUAAUGACCUUGUGCUAGCUGACAAAGGAGAAGUAUUUAGAGUUUAUUUCCAUUAUCACAGAGCAGACAAAGAACAGUGGAUUAGGAGCUGAGAGGCCAUAAAUUGAUAACCGGUACAGAAGAUAAGACUACUAACUCAGGUCUCUUAGGGCCUUUGAGAGCUCACUUUUGAUUUGCAUAUCCUUCCCCCCAACUAAAACUUGCAACUCUAAAAUUCUAGGAUUUUUAACAGUACUUCAUUGUAUUCUUCACUCAAGUGUGAAUUGCUAUGCUUGAGAUUCCUGUCCCUUGCUCUAUUAGAUGUGGGAAGUACGCAUUAAAGAGAUUACAUUAAAGUAUUUGGCCGUCUUACGAUAAUGAUUACGAGCCUCAGACAAUUUGCGAGCAUCUCCAGUACUUGUUUGCCUUGUUGCAAAACAGUAAUAGGCGCUACAUUGACCCGUCAGGAUUUGUUAAAGCCUUGGGAUUGGACACAGGGCAACAGCAGGAUGCACAAGAAUUUUCAAAGCUCUUUAUGUCUCUAUUGGAAGACACGUUGUCUAAACAAAAGAAUCCAGAUGUCCGCAACAUUGUCCAACAGCAGUUCUGUGGGGAGUAUGCUUAUGUAACAGUUUGCAAUCAGUGUGGCAGAGAGUCUAAGCUUUUAUCAAAGUUUUAUGAACUGGAAUUAAAUAUCCAAGGCCACAAACAGCUAACAGAUUGUAUCUCGGAAUUUUUGAAGGAAGAAAAAUUAGAAGGAGACAAUCGAUACUUUUGUGAAAACUGUCAAAGCAAACAGAAUGCAACAAGAAAGAUUCGACUACUUAGCCUUCCUUGCACUCUGAACUUGCAGCUAAUGCGUUUUGUCUUUGACAGGCAAACUGGACAUAAGAAAAAACUGAAUACCUACAUUGGCUUCUCAGAAAUUUUGGAUAUGGAGCCUUACGUGGAACAUAAAGGUGGGGGCUAUGUGUAUGAACUCAGUGCUGUCCUCAUACACAGAGGAGUGAGUGCUUAUUCUGGCCAUUACAUCGCCCAUGUGAAAGAUCCACAAUCCGGUGAAUGGUAUAAGUUUAAUGACGAAGACAUAGAAAAGAUGGAGGGAAAGAAAUUGCAGCUAGGGAUUGAGGAAGAUCUAGCAGAACCUUCUAAGUCCCAGACACGUAAACCCAAGUGUGGCAAAGGAACUCACUGCUCUCGAAAUGCAUACAUGUUGGUUUAUAGACUGCAAACUCAAGAAAAACCAAGCACAACUGUUCAAGUACCAGCUUUUCUUCAAGAGCUGGUAGAUCGGGAUAAUUCCAAAUUUGAGGAGUGGUGUAUUGAAAUGGCCGAGAUGCGUAAGCAGAGUGUGGAUAAAGGAAAAGCAAAACACGAAGAGGUUAAGGAGCUGUACCAAAGGUUACCUGCUGGAGCUGAGCCCUAUGAGUUUGUCUCUCUUGAGUGGCUGCAGAAGUGGUUGGAUGAAUCGACACCUACCAAGCCUAUCGAUAAUCAUGCUUGCCUGUGUUCCCAUGACAAGCUUCAUCCAGAUAAAAUAUCAAUUAUGAAGAGAAUAUCUGAAUAUGCAGCUGACAUUUUCUACAGUAGAUAUGGAGGAGGUCCAAGACUAACUGUGAAAGCCCUGUGUAAGGAAUGUGUGGUAGAACGUUGUCGUGUGUUGCGUCUGAAGAACCAACUAAAUGAAGAUUACAAAACCGUUAAUAAUCUGCUAAAAGCAACAGUGAAAGGCAAUGACGGAUUUUGGGUGGGGAAAUCCUCCUUGCGGAGUUGGCGCCAGCUAGCUCUUGAACAAUUAGAUGAGCAAGAUGGUGAUGCAGACCAAAGCAAUGGAAAAAUGAAUGGCAACACCUUGAAUAAAGAUGAAUCAAAGGAAGAAAGGAAAGAAGAGGAGGAGGAAUUAAAUUUUAAUGAAGAUAUUCUGUGUCCACAUGGGGAGUUAUGCAUAUCGGAGAACGAAAGAAGGCUUGUCUCUAAAGAGGCUUGGAGCAAACUGCAACAGUACUUUCCAAGGGCUCCUGAGUUUCCAAGUUACAAAGAAUGCUGUUCACAGUGCAAGAUUUUAGAACGAGAAGGGGAAGAAAAUGAAGCCUUACAUAAGAUGAUUGCAAAUGAGCAAAAGACUUCUCUCCCAAAUUUGUUCCAGGACAAAAACAGACCUUGUCUCAGUAACUGGCCAGAGGAUACGGAUGUCCUCUACAUUGUGUCACAGUUCUUUGUAGAAGAGUGGCGGAAGUUUGUUAGAAAGCCUACAAGAUGUAGUCCUGUGUCAUCGGUUGGAAACAGCGCUCUUCUCUGUCCCCAUGGGGGGCUCAUGUUUACAUUUGCUUCCAUGACCAAAGAAGAUUCUAAACUUAUAGCUCUCAUAUGGCCUAGUGAGUGGCAAACGAUACAAAAGCUCUUUGUUGUGGAUCAUGUAAUUAAAAUCACAAGAAGUGAAGUGGGAGAUGUAAAUCCUUCAGAAACACAGUAUACUUCUGAGCCUAAACUCUGUCCAGAAUGCAGAGAAGGCUUAUUGUGUCAGCAACAGAGGGACCUGCGGGAAUACACUCAAGCCACCAUCUAUGUACAUAAAGUUGUGGAUAAUAAAAAGGUGAUGAAGGAUUCAGCUCCAGAGCUGAAUGUGAGUAGUUCUGAAACCGAGGAGGACAAGGAGGAAGCUAAACCAGAUGGAGAAAAAGAUCCAGACUUUAAUCAAAGCAAUGGAGGAACAAAGCGGCAAAAGAUAUCCCAUCAAAAUUAUAUAGCCUAUCAAAAGCAAGUUAUUCGACGAAGUAUGAGACAUAGAAAAGUUCGUGGUGAGAAAGCACUUCUCGUUUCUGCUAAUCAGACAUUAAAGGAAUUAAAAAUUCAGAUCAUGCAUGCGUUUUCAGUUGCUCCUUUUGACCAGAAUUUGUCAAUUGAUGGAAAAAUUUUAAGUGAUGACUGUGCCACCCUUGGCACCCUUGGCGUCAUUCCUGAAUCUGUCAUUUUGUUAAAGGCUGAUGAACCAAUUGCAGAUUAUGCUGCAAUGGAUGAUGUCAUGCAAGUGUGUAUGCCAGAAGAAGGGUUUAAAGGUACUGGUCUACUUGGACAUUAAUCUUUGAACACUUGCUGACUGCUAAGAAAUGACCAGAGGGGAAGAAGAGUUUGACAUGUUAGGGCAUUAAAAGAAAAGGUGGAUUUAAGAAUUAAACCAUUACAUGACUCUUCUAAAAGGCAGAAAUCCAUUCAAAAGUGACUGUCCCACAUGCCUUAUGUCAAAUAAAGCAGAUUGCACUGAAGGACAUCAGACUUGAAGGAAAUGUUUCAAAUUUUAUAUUUAAGAGGGGUGGUGGGAGGGACAGGGCAAGUAAAGAUUGAACAAGUUUAGUAGCAGUAACCAUAAAUCAUGUUUCCAUGAGAUUUAUAGUCAUGGGAGGGAAUAAAGUUCUGUUCUAUUUCCUUGUUCAAGUUUCAGACCAGAUGCAUUGGGUCCAUAAAGGAUUUGUAUCACAAUAGAUGGGACAACAUUCUGCUCUGAACUAAAAGUAAUUCUUUAGAGACAUAAACCUGCUUACCAGUACCUGUCUUUGAUUCAUAUUCUACUUUCAAUAAAGCAUGAAAGUGAAGAACUUGCCCUAAUUGUGGAAAAGUGUCUUCAGAUUUAGACUCCUCUCCGUGUCAGCUCCAGCUCACUCGCCUUGCACGCCGCCUGGUGGUCUGUCUCUUAGCAUUGGGUAAAGGAGGGGGCACCUGUGUAUUUCCCUACUGGGAGCAAGGGAUUAUGUCUCAGUUUUGUCUUCAAAAGCUUUUUUGCUUUGGUGCAUUUGAGAAAGGAUGGAGAAUGUUUGUCACAUGUGAUGGCAUCUUCUUCCAGUCUUGCCGUUAUUCAAAAGUGAGAAAUCAGAUACACCUUGCACGUUUGAGAAUCUGACUACCUUAUCUGAAGAAUAAAUUGGACUGAAGUACAUUUGGAUAACAAAAGGCUUUUCCUAAAAUUUGUGCCUCCCAUUCUCCAAGUCCACUGUUUCUUGGAUCUCACUCCUCUUUUUGAAAGCAUUCUUUCAAAAUGCCCUGACAGGAUCUACCUUUUAGAUCACUUUUUUUUUUUUUUUUUUAAAGUG